AUCGUUCAAAAGGCGUCACCGGUCCCCCUCGCCCCCAACUCACUCAGAAACCCUUCUCUGCAAAUUUCUCCAUCUCUACACUCGCUCCAGAGUCCAGAUAAUGCAAUGGAGAUUAAUCAACAUGAGCACGGAGUACCCGUUUCAGAUAAUCUGGGCGAGAGAACAAUACCUGUAUUCACUGUGCUGAAGAACAACGCUAUCCUCAAGAACAUUUUCCUGAUCGACAACCAACCCUGGGUCGACGAAUCCCACAAUGAAUCGGAAGAAAUUCUGGCUGUCGGAAGGCACCCAGAUUGUGACAUCACCUUGGAGCACCCAAGCAUCAGCAGAUUCCAUCUCCGCAUCUACUCCAAGCCCUCUUCCCAAUCCCUCUCCGUUGUAGAUCUAUCCUCAGUGCAUGGGACUUGGAUUGCAGGGAAGAAGAUUGAAUCGGGGGUUCGGAUUAACUUGGAGGAAGGUGACAUGAUGCAGCUUGGGGGAUCAAGUAGGGUAUACAGGUUGCAUUGGGUUCCCUUGAGCAGAGCCUAUGAUUUGGAUAAUCCGUUUGUUCCUCCAAUUCUUUUACAGUCAGAGCAUUCACUUAAAGAAGAAGAAAAAGAAGAAGAAGAAGAAGAAGAAGAAGUGGAUCAUCAGGUUGAUGCUGGGUUUUUGGAUGAACAAGAUGAAAUGCUGGUAAAGAAUGACAUACUGGAGAAACAAGACGCAGUAUAUUCUGAUACAGAUGUGCCUUUUGCGAAUACUUUGCCUCCAUCACCGCCUGCUUUGCCUGAGGAGAUUAAUUACCCAGCUGCAAGUGAAGAGAAAGAUGCUGAUGUAGAUAACCAUUCAUUAUUAAAGGAUCUUUUCCUAAGCAGCAAUGUGGGCGAACCAGCUCUAACUCCAGAGGAGGAUUGCAUAUUUUGCUCUCUCCCACUUGGCUCAUUCAGGAAUUUGAAUGAAUUAUAUUUGAGAACGCGAUCAACAAUGAAAUCUUCACUUCUGAAAGUGGCUGAAGCUGAUGGAAUAGCUGCUCUGGAUGAAGAGAAUGAAUCUGUGACCAAAUCAGACCUUAUUCCAGAUAUCCAAUUUUGUUUUAAGGAUCCUUCUCUGAGUGGUGAAAAAGGGUCAUGUCCAGAGAAGGAGAAUUGCCCUUCUAGUUCCCUCCCACUGAGUUUGUUGACAAACACAGAUGAGUUCGAUUUGAAAAAUGGGUCAACACUAAAGUCACUGGUUAUGAAAGUGGAUGAAGCCGAUAAUGACAAUGAAAUAUUCUCCCCAGAUGGACAAACAUCUUCAGAUGAGGAGAAGCUGUCUCCUAUUUCUGUCCCACUGAAGUCAUUGUCUGAUGUGAAAACUGGGUCAAUUAUCAAAUCUUCUGAAGAGGUAGUCGGCUAUAAGGAAGUGGUCAAAGAUGAUGAUGAAAAAGAAGUUCCAGAUAUAAAGAAUCUAACUUUGAACAUUUGCUCCAGUUAUGUGGAUGAAGAAGAAAUUUCCAAUCCGGACAAGGAAAAUCUGGUUCAUAAUUCUCUCUCAUUUGGGUCCGUGAAGAAUGCAAACGAGUUUUCCGUGAAAAGUGGAUCAUCGAAAAAAUCUCCAUUUCCAAAUGUGGAUGAAAUUGAUGAAGAAACAACAGCCACUUCAAUUAUAGAGAGCAUAACUUGGGAUGAAGAAGAAAUGUGUACUCCAUUGAAGAAGACAGGUGAAGUUGAGCUGGAAAGUCCAUCUUCUAUAAAAUUUCCAAUUCCAGAUAUGGAUGGUGGCGAUGAAGAAGUUCUAACUCCUGAUAAGCACAAUGAGACUUUGGAUGGUGAUGUAGCAGAUAAUGAAAUGUUCUCCCCAGAUAAACAAAUGUUUACCGCAAAUGAAGAGGUAUCUCCUAUUUCUGUCCCAGUUUGGUCAUUCUCUGAUGUGAAAACUUAUGAAGAAUCAUCAGUCACACUGAUGGAAGAGAGUUUAGCUCUGGAUAUUCAUAUUUUGAAUGGUGGCAACAUGGAUGACAAAGAAAUUGGCACUCCACUACUGAAGAAGAAGAAGAUAGGUGAAGUUGACUUGGAAAGUCAAUCCACGAUGAAACUUUCAAUUCCAAAUAUGGGUUACGGUGUUGAAGAAACUGUAGCUGCAUACAAGCAGAAUGAGAAAUCGAGUGCCCAUAUCCUGAGGUCAAUGAAACAUAAGGGAACACUUCAAAGUAUAAUGAAGCUGAAAGUGCAUAAAUCAUCACCUUUGAGGAAUGCAGAUGAAACUUUCACUCCAGAUAAAGAGAACAUUACCCCUAAUAUUUGGAGGUCGAUGGACAAGAUUGGAAAGUCAAGAGAAAAUAAAAGCAACUCCCAGAUAGGUAGUGAGGAUGUUAACUCAAGAUCACAUGAAUGUGAAGGCAUGGCUGUUAAUAAAGAGAAUCACAAUGAGAGAGCGCUUCAAGAGCAGAGAAAUGAACAAGAGGGACUACCUAUGCAGUCUACACCAAAGGAAAAUGAUAGAUUGCCUUUUCAGUCAGUGCUUGUUAACUCCAGCAUCGUGUCUGAUUCAAUCAAUCCAGGAGUGGAAGAGAAGAUCCAUCAUCUCUCUGAGCCUAAAGUCAGGGAGGAAAAUAUGAGUUGGUGUAUGGUUGUGGACACAACUACUCUGCUGAACAAAGAAUCGAGGAAAGCUAUGCAGCUUCUGGAGGGUCUCAAAUGUACUUCUUUGCACAUCCCUCACAUUGUCAUAAGGGAGCUAGAGUGCAUGAAGAGUGGGGCUAGUUUCUUGACAAGAACUACAGAGGUAUCUUCAGCAUUAGAAUGGGUUGAAAACUGUGUGAAAAAUACAAAGUGGUGGAUUCAUGUACAGAGUUCAGAUAAAGCAGCAAGCACCAAUGCUGAAGACCACAUUCUCGAAUAUGCUCUCUCCCAGAGAAAAAUCAACAACAGCCAGAAAAGACUCGUCCUCCUGAGUGAUGACCUCUCUCUGAAGAUCAGGUCAAUGGCAGAGGGAUUACAAUGCGAGACAGCAAAAGAUUUCAGGGAAAGCCUAGUGAAUCCGUUUUCUGAGAGGUUUCUCUGGAACAAAAGCUCUCCCAGGGGCAAGACGUGGUCAUAUGCCGAUGAUAUUGUUCUUAAGGAGACUUUCUAUCAUCACCCGUUGAAUAGACCUCAUUCGAAUCAUGGAUUGAAGCUCAUAUUGCUCUACAAGUCUUCUCAGUGCAUUCAGUUCAGUUGUUCAUUAUUAAAGAACUAACUAGUCAUGUGUUCCCUCUCUGGUAUGACUGUAUGAGACUAGAAGCAGCUAAUACGAGGAGUAAUGAAAGGCAUAUCACCAU